AUGGCAUCAAGCUUGGAACACGACGGAGCAGGGGUCAGCAGCAUUGACCUCCAGGCGUUCGAACCAGAGCCUCCAACGUACGACAAUGCAUUCCCUGCUCUGUCAGCUGAUGCUCGGCCAGAGUUGGUGCCCUCUGUUGCCUGGCAGCCCAAAUUUGUCACUCGACAGUCCAAGUGUACUCAGGUGUUCACUGUCCCACUCGAAGAACGCAAGUUCAAGGAGAUGAACGAGCGCCAGUUUGGAGAAGAGAGUGACCAAAUGAAAAUAUGCAAGGAAAUCAUGCAAAAAACUGGGGUGUCCAUUGAGCUGAGUUUGGCCAAAGAUCAGAGUAUGACCGUUGUAAUCACUGGACGACAGGACGCUGUGAUGAAAGCUCGCAGAGAAGUGGUCAACAAGCUGCAGACGCAGGCUUGUGUUGUACUCAACAUUCCACGAGAGUAUCAUCGCUUCAUCCUGGGGAAAAGUGGCAAGAAACUGCAGGAGAUUGAGCUGACCACCGCCACCAAGGUCUCUCUCCCUCGCGCUGACGACAAGAAUAGCAAUCCCAACGAGAUCCGCAUCGUCGGCGCCAAGGAGGGGAUCGAUAAGGCAAGGCAUGAAAUUGAGGCAAUCCACGAAGAACAGGCAAAACUGGCGUUUGAGCGACUUCCGAUUCCAAAAGUAUACCAUCCGUUCAUCUGUGGGCCCAACAAGGAGAACAUCAAUCGGCUGAGCGAGGAGACAGGGGCCAAGAUCAGCGUGCCCCCUCACAAGGAUGAGAUUGUGGUGUCUGGCGAGAAGGAUGGGGUGCUCCGCGCUAAGCAGGCUAUCAUGGCAGUCUAUGAGGAAAAGAAACGAAAAUGCCAAACUAUUUCUGUGGAGGUGAAGAAGUCGCAGCACAAGUAUGUGGUCGGGCCACGCUACGCCAACAUUCAGGAAAUCCUGGCCAAUACUGGAGUUUCUGUCGAGGUGCCAGAUCCAAACUCUCCAUCGGAGACCAUCACACUGAGAGGCGAGCAGGAGAAACUGGGUCAAGCCUUGACCGAAGUUUACAGCAAGGCCAACAGUGUGGUCUUUUCCAAUGUGACAGCUCCCGCCUGGCUGCAUCGGUUCAUCAUCGGCAGAAAAGGCAGCAACAUCAAGGAGAUCACAGAGAAUUUCCCAACGGUUCAUAUCGAGUUCACCGAAGGACAGGACAAAAUCACAGUGGAAGGACCCCCUGAGGAAGUCAACAAGGCUGCAGAGAAAUUGAAUGCCUUUGUUGCUGAUCUGAUGACCCGGAUGGACUUUGCAGAAAUUCAGGUUGACCAAAAGUUUCACAAACACAUCAUCGGGAAAAGUGGAGCAAAUAUCACGCGGAUCAAACAGGAAACAGGAGUGGCCAUCCGGAUUCCCUCGGAUGGGGACAACAGCAACAUCAUCCGCAUUGAAGGGGAGCCACAGGGAGUGAAGAUUGCUAAAGAACAACUGCUGGAAAUGGCCAACAGAAUGGAGAAUGAGAAGACGCGAGACAUCAUCAUCGAACACAGAUUUCAUCGACAAAUUAUUGGAGCCAAGGGAGAGAACAUUAAAGAAAUCCGGGACAAGUUCAACCAGGUACAGAUUACAUUCCCUGACCCUGGCAAGAAAAGUGACGUUGUCACGUUACGAGGACCAAAGAAUGACGUCGACAAGGCCCACAAACAUUUACAGAACUUGGCCAAAGAUUUGGUUGAGAACAACUACCAAGCCCAGGUACACAUUUUCAAGGACUUCCACAAAAACAUCAUUGGCAAAGGAGGAAUCACCAUCAAAAAGAUCAGGGAGGAGACUGAUACCAAGAUUGACCUGCCCAGCGAGAACAGCGACAGCGACGUCAUCACCAUCACCGGCAAGAAGUCCAAUGUGGAGAAGGCACAGGCCAAGAUCGAAGCCAUUCAGAAGGAGAUGGGCAACAUCAAAGAAAUCACCAUAGAAAUUCCUCAGAGACUGCACAACUCUCUGAUCGGAGCCAAGGGCCGAUUUAUCCGCUCCAUCAGUGAGGAGUGUGGGGGCGUCAUGAUCCGCUUCCCCCAGGAAGGGGCUAAGAGUGACAAGGUGACGAUACGAGGGCCCAGUGCCGAUGUUGACAACGCCAAACAACAGCUUCUGGAUUUGGUCAAUGAGAGGAAAGAGUCUGGUUUCACAGCAGAAGUGAAAGCAAAACCACAGUAUCACAAGUUUUUGAUUGGACGAGGGGGAGCUAAUAUCAGAAAGGUCAGAGAGAGUACUGGUGUGCGCAUCGUAUUCCCCAAUCAGAAUGACCCCGACCAAGAAACUAUUUUUAUCAUCGGCAAAGAGGAGGGAGUUAAGCAGGCCAAGGCUGAGCUGGAGUUGCUGGUGAAGAACCUGGAUAACGUGAUUGAAGGAGAGAUUCAUGUUGACCCCAAGUAUCACCGGCAUUUUGUUGCUCGUCGAGGCGAGGUGUUGCGUCAGAUUGCUGACGACUACGGCGGCGUCAUUGUCAGCUUCCCCCGCAGCGGUGUCAGCAGCGACCGGGUGGUCAUCAAGGGGCCCAAGGAUUGUAUGGAGGCUGCCAAGAAGAAGAUUCUGGAGGUUGUGGAGGAUCUGGAGUCCCAGGUGACAGUGGAGUGUGCUAUACCUCAGGCUGACCACCGGACAGUCAUGGGGGCUGGCGGAACCAACGUCCGAGAGAUCACCAGGAAGUUUGAUGUCGGUAUCAAGUUCCCUGACCGGCCUGUCCCUAAUGGAAAUUCUCCCGACGAGCCGCUGGUUAAUGGAGAUGUGAGUUCCGAAGACAACAAUUCGACUGGCCCUCGCAAGAAUGAUGUCAUCAUCAUCACUGGCAAACUUGAGAAUUGUGAGAACGCCAGACAAGCGCUGCUG